AUGGAAAAUUUGUAUUCUUUAUUAUCAUAGAUUCUAUUGAUUACUACAUCUGUUAUUUUAUUGAUUUCUAUGACAAUUGCUUUUAGAAAAAUCAUGAAAGAUGUUAAUGAUAUUUUAGAUUCAACUGAUAAACUUGUAUUUUUUAUUGCAGCAAUUCAAUGUACUAAAUUUUGAAAUUUAGAGUUAUUGUUAUUCGCAUUCAUAAUUAAAUAAUAUACACUUUUCCUAAGUGGAUUGCGCAUACUCAGAAUGCUAUAAGACAUUAUGCUAUUAAAUUGUUUAAUCAAAUUAGAUAGUGAUAAUGAAUAAUGUUUAGUAAUUAUCAAUAAUAUAUAGCUUAUCAGAAAAUCGUAGAUAAAAUCUCCAAGACACUUUCAUUUAUUCUACUAUCUGUUUGGUGUGUCAUUAUUUUUUUAGAAGGUUUUAAAUCACAUUUUUAAUGUGAUCAAUAAAUCUGGAUGCUACUUUCUGGAUUACUAUUACUUACUAAUAUCAUUUAAUUAUAUUUUGGACUCAAUAUAUUAAUAUAGAUUUACAAAUAUUGUCAAGAUUCAAGUAAUUAACAUAUGUUUGAUGGUUUACAUAAAAUUAUGAUGGAUGAAUUAUAAAAUAGGAAGGUAUAAGUAAUAGUCUUUGUCCUUUGCAGUAUUAAUUCAUCUGUUAUAAUGUUAUUAUAUGAUUACACUAUUUUUGAUCAACUUAAUCCUACAUUCUGUCUACAAAAGAGUACAAUUACUGAAAUUCUUAUUUAUAUUGCUGUCAUUAUAGUCUCAUAUUAAUUACCUUGUUUAGGAAUAUACUAUGUGUUUUAUCAUAAAAAUAAAAAGUAUUUGAAUAAUCAUAAUUGGGAAAUACAAAGAAAUAUAGUCAAUUUCUAUGAUGAAAGAAGUGAAAUAGAAUUGGGAGAUUAUUAAAACCCAUAAUGA